AUGAACCAGAAUCGACAGUGUUCUGGAAGAGAGACGUUACCAACGGCACCCGAUCUGGAGGCAAAUAGGCCCCUUUUGUCAAGAACGACAACUCUCCAGGACCUUGCUAAUGGCCAAGAGACGCCCGUGCUCUCGUCUAACAAAAAUUCCCGCACGUGCAAGUGUGACUUUUGGUCCAAUUGGAGCUUUCGGCUUGAUGCGAGACUUGUUUCCGAUGCCAUACUGGGAUUAUCAGAUGGACUUACCGUCCCCUUCGCCCUCACGGCUGGUUUGACCGCUUUGGGGGAUACCAGGGUGGUGAUUCUGGGUGGAUUAGCCGAACUCAUUGCUGGUGCGAUAUCCAUGGGCCUCGGUGGAUAUGUUGGUGCCAAAAGCGAAGUUGAAUCCUACGAAGCCACGGACCGGAGUUGUAACACAUUGAUUUUGCACGAGCCCGACGCGGCAAGUGAUUGUGUCCGGGAGUAUUUCGAGCAAUUUGGAUUGUCGGCGGAAGAGACGAGUCGGGUAGCCGAUCACAUCAAAGCAUCCUCUCCGAUGUUCAAGGACUUCCUCAUGCAAAACCAUUUUCAGGCCGCAAAACCAGAGAGAGGCCGGCCCUAUCUGUCAGCACUUACUUUGGGAAUCAGUUAUUUCAUCGGCGGUUUUAUUCCUCUGAUACCAUACUUUAUCGUGGUUCGAUCUGAUGUUCUCACCGGGCUAUGGUGGAGUAUCGGUCUAAUGGCAGUUGUGCUGCUAAUGUUUGGGUAUGUGAAAACCGGAGUUGUUCGGGGUUGGACCGGCCGAGAGAAUUAUCAGGCUUGCACUGGAGGAGCAAUUCAAAUGCUGGUAGUAGGCGUCAUAGCAGCAGGAGCUGCAGUAUGUCUGGUACGGUUGAUCAAUCAGAACUAA